AAUAGCUGGGACGCAGGAAAGAUGCCUGCAUCUCAAACUGGAUUUGGCAACUUCUUCUUGGAGCGGAACAUCAGCAUGCCGACUGGAUAUCAGAUCCCGAUGCUGGGCAGCGUGCACCAGCAGCAGGCUCAGCAUCUGGCAGCGAUGGCAGCUGGGAUUCCCUUAGGAUACUCGGGACUACAGGGAUACAACUUUAUCCCAUAUCCGCACCACAGGCACAUCGCGCACAUGACAAACGGUUUCGACUUGAAGGCUGCAUCUCCCUAUCAUCACGCGCUGCUGGCCCGCGGGGGGCCCUUCUACCCGCCCUACCGUCCGGGUGCCACCGAGGACCCCAGCAGGGUCCCCAAGGUGGCCACACGAGAGAGCACCGGGGCGCUGAAGGCCUGGCUGAACGAGCACCUGAAGAACCCGUACCCGACCAAGGGCGAGAAGAUCAUGCUCGCUAUCAUCACCAAAAUGAGCCUCACGCAGGUCUCCACCUGGUUCGCCAACGCGAGGCGGCGCCUGAAGAAGGAGAACAGGGUCAGCUGGGCGUGCAAGGGCAAAUCAGACGAGGAGGAUGAGGAGCAGGAGGGAGAGAGCGACGAGGACGACGGUCCCCUGGAGAAAUGUCCCCUGGAGAAAUGUCCCCUGGACGAGCGGGAUGAGGAAGAGCCUGAAAGCGAGCGCGCAGACACGGAGGAGCGCGUGCAGGGCGCGUUGGAGAGCUCGGCCCCGGUGGAAGCGCGUCUGGAGAGCCCGAGCCGGAGCCCGCAGCAGCACGAGGACAGAGAACACGCACUUGUGAUGAAAGUUGAACAGAGUGAAUCUGACCUCACGCCGUCCGGCCUGGAGAGUAAAGAAAACGUCUCCAGUCAAAAACCCAAAAUCUGGUCUUUGGCGGAGACGGCGACUUCAGAGACUGUGAAGAAACCACUGGAGCAUAUUUACCACCCAGCAGGGAAACUGUGGGCAGACUGGGCCUCACGAACCGGGAUGUUCGUGCCCGCGUGUUACUCCACUCGUGAGAUUCUCUGAGCCUCAGACUCGAACCUCCUCCACAGCUCUUUUGCACUUUACUCUCUCAGGCCUCAGGGAAUUCCUGAAGUUUUGACAUGAAAUUCUGUAUUUUUUGUGAAACCAAAGACUUUGAACACGUUGUGUUACUGUAAAUAAAUGUAGAUGUAUUUUUCCACC